AUGGAAGAGGAGAAGGAGAAGCCCCACACGUGUGUGGAGUGUGGGAAGAGCUUCAGGCAGAACUCCCAUCUUGUCAGGCACCAACACAUCCACACUGGGGAGAGGCCCCACGAGUGUGAGGAAUGUGGGAAGAGCUUCAGCCAGAGCUCCCACCUGAUCCGCCACCAGAGGACCCACACUGGGGAACAGCCCUACGAGUGUGGCGAAUGUGGGAAGAGCUUCAGCCACCGUUGCAGUCUGAUCUGCCACCAAAAGAUCCACACAUGGGAGAGGCCCUACAAGUGUGAUAAAUGCAGGAAGACGUUUCUGACCAGCUCCCAUCUCCUCCAGCACUAUCGGAUUCACACAGAGGAGAGGCCCUUCCACUGCCCCGGCUGUGGGAAGGGAUUCAGGCACAAAUCCCACCUCAUCACCCACCGGCGCAUUCACACUGGGGAGAGGCCCUACGAGUGUCCCCAGUGUGGGAAGAGCUUCUCCAGCAAUAGCAACCUCAUCGAGCACCAGAGGACCCACACUGGGGAACGGCCCUACGAGUGUGGGGAGUGUGGGAUGAGCUUCAGCCGGAGCUCCCACCUGACCAGCCACCAGAGGACCCAUACUGGGGAGAGGCCCUACGAGUGUGGGGAGUGUGGACAGAGCUUCAGGCAGAGCUCCAGCCUGAUCAGCCACCAGAGAACCCACACUGGAGAACGGCCCCAUGAGUGUGGGGAGUGUGGGAAGAGCUUCAAGUGGAGCUGUGACCUGAUCAAGCACUGGGGGAUCCACACUGGAGAAUGGCCCUACAAAUGUGGGGAGUGUGGGAAGAGCUUCAGGGGGAGCUCUGACCUGAUCAAGCACCAGAGGAUCCACACUGGGGAAUGACCCUACGAGUGUGGGGAAUGUGGGAAGAGCUUUAGGGACCAUGACACCCUGAUCAGGCACCAAAAGAUCCACACUAGGGAGAGGCCUUAUGAGUGUUCCGAGUGUGGGAACAGAUUUCGGUUCAACUCCCAUCUCCUCCUGCACAAUCUGAGUCACACAGAGGAGAGGCCCUUCUUCUGCCCUGAGUGUGGGAAGGGAUUUAAGUACAACUGCCAACUCAUCACCCACCAGUGCAUCCACACAGGGGAGAGACCCUACAAGUGUGGGGAAUGUGGGAAGAGCUUCUCACAGAGCUCUCAUUUGACCCGACACCAAUACAGCCACCGGUAA